AUGAAGCUUCCAUCCACUCUCGCCUUUCUUACCAUUCUGACUGCGGUGGCUGCAAAAACUUGCGGCGUUAAAAACGGUACGUCACAUCUAGUAUCGCCAUUCCCAGCCCCAAUACAACAACUGAAACUUAUCUAGAUGCUUGUGGCUCUACGGGGAACCUGCCAUGCUGCCGCGGGUUGUUUUGCCUACCCAACGCCAAUGGACAAGCUGGAAAAUCGUGCGCUCUCAAGCCUGAAUAA